CAGCCCAAAUGAAAAACUUCUAGUCUGUCAAGUUUAUAACAAUGAAAGUGAUUUUAUGUGUAUUCCUAUUGUUCUAUAACAAAUUUGGUCAAAUCUGACUCCCUUGACAACAGCUCCUCCCAAACAUGUAACAUGUUUGUCAUUCAGUUUCUGUUUCCCAGCUUCACAUCUCAAGUCGGGGCGUGUCAUGCACAGCACACUGAAGCAGUAGUAAUUUACCAACAGAAAUGAAAGUAUAGAACAGGAAUAUCAAAGUUGUCCUGGUUAGUUUGCACUCUCUGGUUACUUGUAUCUUGCUUGAGGUAAAGUAUCCUACAUAAUUUACAAAUUUUACACUGAUUUAUUAUUGGUUAAACUGAAUUUAGUUAAAUAAACUGAAUUUACUUUAUUGAAUUGAAUUCUAUAUUUUACCAUUUUUUUAUUUAUUGCUUUAUAACUGGUUAAACUGAAUUUAGUAAUGUUAAACUUAAUAUACUUUAUUGAAUUUAACUGAAUUUAAUUGCAUAUUCUAAAAUGUCAUUUUAUUACUUUUUAUUGUUAUGUUUAAAGGCAUAAACAAUUUGAAAUGGGAUGUGUCUUUGAGCAAAACAAUAUUUGCUAAAUAAUGGAGCUGAAAUGUGAUCAUUCCAAUUAUGGGUUUGGAAAUGAACUAAGCCUGGUUGUCCUGGUUUCUAUUGUGAACACUCUUGUUUGUUUUUCGUUUGACAGAUCACAUCAGUACAGAUUUACAGCUCAAUAUUUCAUCUCUGCUGGAACUGUGUCAAGAAACAGGAUUGUCAGAAACAUGGUGAGAACACUAAAUGAAUUGUCUCAGCUGAAAGAAACCAACUUUGGUCAACCAGAUCCCAGGCAUGGUCUCAGAUUGCUGUGGUGGUUUGCCAAUAAAUGUGUUGAUAAUGUCAAUGGCUGUAUGAUUUCACUGUACAACCCAGCAUAUGGACAUUUUGGCUUCCAUCGAUUCUACAACAGAAUUGAAGAUGAUGAAGACAGACUUCUACCUAUGAUUAACUUACCAUACUAUGAGGUGGGAAACCUGAGCUAUGGAUCACUACCUAAAGAUGUCACUGCGAAUUACAAUAGAAACCAUGCCGACAGCAACGCAGAUCGCAUUAUUGUUCGCUUCCAAUCAAAUCCACCCAGCUUUGACAGGAUUUAUGUCACUCAGCAUUCAGAUCAGCUGAAUUUUAAUCCAAAUACCACUUAUCGAAUCAGCCAUGGUCUUCUAAAGACCAUUAAAAGCCUGAGACUGGAUGAAUUCCUUAGGCGAACAAGGAAUGACAGCCCUUUUGGAAUGAUUAUCCAACCUCAAUACAAUAGAGUUUAUUCAACACAUCUGCAAUCUCGGCACACACCAUACCAAGCCACUGAAGAUUCAACAUGCCUGUACAUUUGCAUGCUGAUAUUUCUGAUUAUAAUGCUAGCGUUGUUCAUUUUUUUUUAUGUUAAUAUGAAAACAGUUGUUAAAAAACAAUGGUUUUAGAUGUUCUGUCUUCGACUUCUGUCGUGUUUUAUUCAUUGAGAAAUUCUUUCCUUCUAUGUUAUACCAUCAUAGGUUCCAAAGAGGUUGAUUAAAUACAAUUUUCUUUUUGAACCUGCAUAAAAUAAGGUGCAUGAGCAGGA